AUGGACUAUUGUAUGAAAUGCCCAGAGGACCAGUGGCCCAAUAAGAGAAGGGAUAGGUGCCUCCAAAGGUUGGUGGAAUUUCUCUCCUACCAAGACCCACUGGGUGCAGGUUUGGGUGGGGCCUCCAUUGGCCUUUCUGCUUGUGCAAUAACAAUACUGGGAGUUUUCAUUAAAUUCCGUGCAACGCCUGUUGUUAGAGCCAAUAAUACAAAUAUAAGCUACACCCUCCUGGUGUCUCUCUGUCUCUCGUUCCUCUCGUGCCUGCUCUUUAUAGGCCAACCUAAACCUCUCGCGUGCAUGGUCAGACAAGCUGCCUUUGGGUUGGCUUUCUCCAUUGCUGAAUCCUCUAUACUCGCUAAAGCCGUCACAGUUGCCGUUGCCUUCAGAGCUACAUCCCCAGACAGCCAGCUGAGAAGGUGGGUUGGACCCAGACUGCCCAUCUAUAUAGUCAUUGGCUGCUCGGUGGGACAGGCAGUCAUUUGCUUAGCAUGGAUGGUCCUCUCUCCACCAUUCCCAGACUACGACAUCCAAUCAGAGAAAGGAAAGAUGAUCCUUAUCUGCAAUGAGGGAUCAGCUGUUCUGCUUUAUGUGGAGAUUUCCUACCUGGGGGUUUUGGCUCUGUUGAGCUUCACUGUUGCGUUUCUUGUGAGGAACUUACCCGACCGCUUCAAUGAGGCCAAAUACAUCACUUUCAGCAUGUUGGUGUUCCUCAGCGUCUGGGUCUCUUUCAUCCCCUCCUACCUGAGCACCAAAGGAAAAUACAUGGUGGCCGUGGAGAUAUUUGCCAUCCUGGGUUCCAGCACAGGGUUACUGGCUUGUAUAUUUAUACCCAAAAUGUGUCUUAUUCUACUGAAGAGAGGCCUCAGCUCUAAAGUACAUGUCACGGGCAUGGAUAAUAAAUAACUCUUUAGUUACCUCAAAUCUUUCCGAGAUAUAUUAUGUGUCUAAACGGCUAAAAUUAGAAUUCAACAAUGGUUGGCUAUGACUAGAGGGUGUCCGGCUGAGUUAGAUGGCACAAUAUAUGUACGGCUUGGCUAGUA